AUGAAUCGAUUUCGCAAGAACAAGAAGGCCAAGGAGGUGAAGGAUACUUUGGGUGAGCUGGAGGGUAGCUCAUCAAGUUCCUCCCCCUUUAGCUUGAAACCGUCUAAGAAGAAGGAUGCCCCCGAAUCGACACCACAGCUAGAUUUUACCGCAGCCCUCCCGCCGACAGAUGAUUUUCGAACCAGUCUACUAAUGCCGAAGCUCUCGGCCCGGUUCAGUAUGUUGAGGGAGCAGGACGACCCGGAAUCCAAGAUGGGCAAGGCUAGUGAUGACAGUGUCCUGUUCCCCAAGCGUGCCUCUCGACUGAACCUCUUUGGACACAACCCCAAUAUGCUCACCGAUAUCGAUGAAGUAUCCUCCAAUGAUGGCAGCUGCCGACCUUCGAUGGCCCUUGGACGUACCGACUCUUAUGCUUCCGGUGAUUUAGGAUAUGGCACAGACGAUGAUCGGUCCCAAAGUGGUAGCAUGAUGAGCAGAGCUCGACGAGCGGAUGGCAACAACCUAUUCGGAGGCCGUCAAAAGGUGUACCGGAUCCCUGUACGCCAUGGCGGAGCCCCAUCGCCCGUUUCACCCGGUGCGUCAGCUAGUGGAAUGGGAAAGGCAGUCUACGAGCAUGACCUAAACCUCUCUGCUUUCCAAAAGAUGAGACGCAAGGAGAAGGAGGAAAGAAUGGCCGCAGAUGAAGCCGCACGCGACUCCAUCUCCCACGAAUUUGAAGACGCCAAUUCGACUAGUUCGUCACACAACCGCACAACUUACUCCUCCACAGCAUCUGGACCCACCGUCGAUCCUCGCACAUCAACUGCGGCCACCUCGAUCGAUGAGAGUCAAUUCGCUUCUUCUCAGUCACAGCCACCUUACAUCGGAGCGCCAGAAGGUCCCCUCGAGGCUCGGCCACCCUCCGCUAUGUCUACCCCACGAAAUGGAUCUGUCCGAACCCGUCGUCUCUAUGGCCAAGGCUUAACACAGGCUGCACAGAGCCAGCAGAACUCGACCUUGAAUCGUCUUGAAAGUCUGAGUCGCCAGCGUUCCGGAACACCAGAUUCGACUUUGAAUCGUAACUACUCCCGGAGUGCCGUCAACCUACGUGAUCGACUGCAAAAACUUGCCAUUGCGGAGCCAGCUACGACGUCUCGACCGACCAGCCCGCCUUCAUCCGCCACAUCGCCGAAGCAAGCGCCAGUCCCCGAGCCGCUCUCCAAGGAACGUAUCUCACCUACUGCUGCUACCUUUGGAAACGCCCCUCCCCUGAGCCCCCCGUCUAGUGAAACUGGCGAUGGUGCUUCCUUAUUAGCUGCGGCACUAAGCCCGGAGGACCACGGCAAAGCAACCGCCAUGGGUCUCUUCAACAGACCUGCCACUGGCUUCGAUGAGCAGGCAUUUUCGCGCCGUCAAUUAGCGAUGCACCAAGGUCGGGCCACUCCUCCACCACGCCGAUCCUCGCCCCCACGCCAGGCUCCUCGAGCCGAGUCAGCUUCCUCGCAUUAUAGCAGCGAUGCUCACCACGGCAUGGAUCAAUCCCGGGAUGCAUCGCCUUCGCGACCUGGAGUGAGAACCUUCUACGCUAACUCGACUGCAAGCGAGUCUGGAGAUGAAGGCGAUGAGCGCCCGUCUUACGAGGUCUCUUCGGUUACACCGGAAUAUGGACAAUCCCUACACAAUUCAAGCACCGCCUCCAAACCACCUACGCCGAAUGGUGAGCAUCUCGAGACUCUUCCUGAGGUCCGCUAUUCGGAUCUCGGCGACCUUAAGCCCAUUGAAGAGAAUUCGAUGCUGGAGGCUACUGUGUCCAAUGAGGAUAGCAACGAUGUACCUCAAAGACCCGACUCGCCAGUCCUUCAAGCUGGAUUCGGCCUGACAGGAAUCAGUUCUCAUCUUCGCCAGGAGAGUGACGUAUCCUCCAUCUAUCCUCCUCCUUCCCCUCGGCUGCCACAAUACGAGCAGGGCACCCAGGAAGCCACUGUCCCCGAGCAGCGCAUCUCCCCCGCCGAGGAGAUCCACCAGGAGGAGGCCACUCGGUCAUCCACCGAGCAGCCAGAGACAUCGAGCCCUCGGGCACUAUCUCGACACUCUUCUGAGACGACAGUGAACCGUUCCAGCGAGGACUCCUCAGAUAACGGGGUCUCCGCAAAGAAUCCGUCGUGGAAAGAAGAGCUCAACUACCAUCACCGCAGGGAUGGCAGCACUGAGACCCAGAGGGAACGAGAAGAAUUUGCCAUCGAGCUCGCGGAGCGGCGCAAGAAGGUCCAAGAGAAACUACGCAGCGUAGCCGAGGAGGAGACUUGGCGCCACGACGAACGGCCCCAGACGAACUUUGGCCGCAACGCCAGUACCCCCAUGGUUCCAACCGAGCGAUCAUUCCGAUCUCGCAUGCCGACCAUGACCCGCAGAAGCAAUGAAGAGUCCCGCGAGUCUAGCCGCAGCCGUGGUCCCUCCCCGCAACCCGGUUUCCGAUCUCAGAGAGACCGCUCGGGUUCUGAGGGCUCGAGCCGAUCGAAGAGCCGCACUAGACACCGCGACCGCGAUGAUUUGCAAACUGUCGAGGAAGGAACCGUCAUUGCCCACGACAACUUUGUGAUGCCGGACAACUUCGAGCCCCCUGUACCCGCCUCGGUUCCUGGCUCGAGGCGCCAAUCGUCGGAAUUCAAUGAGCCUGGCAUGUAUGACCGCUCCCCUUCUGCUUCGUCGGGCAGAUUUCGCAGCGCAAGCCGUUCUGGUACCCCCAGCUUCCAUUAUGAGCGACCUUUCCAAUUCCCGCAGGCCCCUCACCCGCCCCCAAUCAUUGGUGCAACUCCACGACCAUCUCCCGCGACCCCGGCCUACUCGGCCAAUGCAACCCCUCCGCUGAACGAUGUUCCCUCCGACCAGUCUUCGACAUCUCUGGCAGCAACAGCAGCAGCCAGCAGUGCGAGCGCCCUGCCCCAGCGUGCUCCCGGCCACGCCAUGCUCCAAAAGCGCCCUAUCAACAAGAAGCUGAUUUCAGAGCCUACCUUCGUCUCAUCGACAUCGAACGUCCCUACGGUCGGCCUGCCGCCAGGUGGUGUUUCUCCGCCAAACGGUGCACCCCCACUCCCUCCGAUGAACCCGCGUCGUCGCCGUGGAACCCAAACAAUUCUCGGUGCCUUCCGCACUGAUAAGCACGACUCAUCUCGGUCUGGAUCCCCGGCUCCCAGCUUCUCAGAUGAGCGUAGCUCCUUCGUGGACGAUGAGAAACGUCCCCAAUCUCGCAACCGUCUCCGCAAGACAUCCAGUGCCGGUGGUAGCUUGAGCGCCCGGGCACGCCAGGAGGCAAUGGCCAGCCCUGCCCCUGCUGUCCCUCAAUACCCCCCACCCGCCAUCCCCGUUGAUGGCGGCAUGUUCUAA